AUGUCGUUUGCUCCAAUUGCAGAGUAUAUUGGCCUUGACUUUCACAUAGCCGGCGAGUCAUAUGCUGGCCACUUUAUUCCAGCCAUCGCUACGGAGAUUGUGGAUGGCAACAACCUUGCUGCUGCUGCAACGACUCACGUAAACCUCAAGUCAUUGCUCAUCGGUCUACUACGGACUUACCUCAACCGCGCAGAUAUCAAGCACAAGGUGGGAAGCAACGUCGGUUCAUACUUUAACUUGAAUUACUUGUUCCAGCGCGCUGGCGGUUGGAUGCGACUUUAUGUGAACAAUAUUCCGCGACUUUUGGACCAGGACAACGUCUCAAUCUUGAUUUACGCUGGUGAUGCCGACUUUAUCUGCAACUGGAUUGGUAACAAGGCGUGGACCCUUAAGCUGGAGUGGAGCGAUCGUGAGGCUUGGAGGCAGGCUGAGGAUGUCGAGUGGAAUCAAAGUAGGCCAGAUACGUAG